GUUGUCAUAACAACUAAACUCACGGUUUUGAAAUAAUAAUGGGAGAUGUAGGGGAUUUCUUGGAAAAGUGGCCAGCACAUGCCCUUGGGAGAUCGUUUGCUAAGUCAAAUGCAUGUGUUAUCAAUAAUAGAUUAGUUUCGCUGACAGAAGUUGAAACAAAAAUCCCUAAUAUCGUCCCCAAACCGAAGUUUCUUGAUACAAUCGAAAAGAAGAUAUGUGAUGGAUUAAAAAAUAUACAGUCAAAUGACAGAGACCUCAGGUUCCAGAUUUACAAAGAAGCAUUUCAGUCAUUUAUCCAUGAGUUUAAGACAUAUAGAACGUUUCUUUCAGACAUCUAUAAGGAAUAUGAAGAAUAUUUAAGCUUUUACAAGGCUGAGGCACAGAAGCUUAGACCAGUCAAGGAAUACCUCUGGACCAUUUCUCAAGAAUGCGAUGAACGUAUAUUAAAAUUACAAAAAAGGGAAAGACCAGAACUCAAUAGUUUGAAACGAGAAAUUAUAAGACUGAGAGAAUUGGUUUCACAAUUAAAGGAGGAUAAGGUUGGUCUGGAAACUCAGGUAGAACAAUUAACUCAAUCAAUUAAAGAAGAACAUGACAAAUUUAGAUAUGAAGCUGAUGCAAAACGGCUGUUAAUAUCAGAAAUUAAUGCAAUGAGAAUGCAGUUUGAUGAAAGCGAAGGGGUAUCUAAGCAAUUACAAAGUAAAACUAGCCGACAAGAUGACCCAGUCUUGUUGAAAAUCGCAUUAGAACAAGCAAGAAAAGCUCAGUCAGCUUCUGAAUUUGAAGUGGUUCAAUUAAAAGCUGAAUACGUGAAUGUUAUGCCUAAAAGUCGGUAUGAUGCUUUAUGGGAAGCAAAUAGUAAAAUAAAAAACGACUAUGACAUGAAGAUUAAAGAAAAUGAGGAAUUGAAUGAAUCAUUGGAACUUCUAAAAAAUCAAUUAAAUGAAGUUAUGAAACAACGUGAUCAAUCAGAAACAACAGUUCAACAGUUACAAAGAGUAUCAACACCUAGACCGGAAUGGAGUGAAGUUGGACGCAAAUUACCUGGAGGUUUAACUCGAUGGUUGGAAGAAACUGCAUCAAUGACAUCUCAAGAAAAAAUGCAUUUUCUUGUCAAUCAGCUGACAGCACAAAGUGCUGAAAACAUCGAAUUCAAUUUAAAUGAAUACAUAAAGGAAGAGCUGAAUUUUGUCCCAUCAUUUUUAAAAACGACUGAAGCUGAAGUUACAGUGUCCAGACCAAUACAUCUUCGAGAUUGUUUAUUAUUGACACAUGAAAUUUGGAAAACUAGGAAAAAUGAAAAAGAUUCAGUGAAGGAACAUUCUAUAGGACAACGAAGACGUUCACUUGCAUCGAGACGACUUUCACAGAUGAAACCUCAAUUAAAGCCAUCGACAAUUAGUCCAAAUAUAACAAAAUUAUUUGAUGAAUUUUUAUAUAAUUUCUUUAAACAAAUUUAUGGUAUUGAACAAAUACGUAUUGAAUGGGCAUAUGGAUUUUAUGAAAUGUUAAUUAAAGAAAAAAAUAAUUAUAAAUUAAAUGAAUUAAGAAUGAUCAUUGAAAAUAAGAUGGAUGAAGAAUGUCAUUGGCAUUUGGAAUCAUGGAUACUAUUUAUUAAGGAACAAGUGCUAACAUUUAUUGAUAGCAGUAAUAAUAGCUCAGUCAUAAUACCGACUACUGAAAACUCUGAACAACGAAAAGUCAUCUUAAAACAAACUUUACAUGAAGCGCUAUUAAAUAUAUUCAGUCAGCAAGAUUUAAUCAACUUAAAUAUAAUUCAAUCAGCUGAAGAGUAUGCAAGUUUACAAAUAAAAGAUUCACCUGCAAAAGCGCUAACAAACAUGGAUGAAGGCGAAAACAAAGAUAAUGAAAGCAUACAAACUAAUUUACAUAAUAUGCUUGAUUUUAAUAAAUUAUUCAAUAAUGCAACAGAUGAAGACUUCAAUCCAUUCUUAAAAGAAUUAGUCUCAAUAUAUAAACACUUGAAAACAACAUUUGUCAAUGGAAUUAUCACUGAACUUCAAAAGUUAACGUAAGAGAUUAUAUCGUCCUUACAAGUUUAACGAAAUAUUCGUAGCUAUAGUUUUCUUCAUAUUGUUUGUCUGAUCAUGUAAUGUUUGAGUCGAUGGUUCUAUUGAACUAUUUCACGUUAUCCUGAAAAGAAGUACAAUGUGACUGCAAGAAUAUUAUGUCCUAACAACUAUUCUUAUCAAUGAGUUUGUAGGCAUCAAUGCCAAGAUGAGACUUGAUGGUUUCAAAUAAAUUGAGCAUUGGGUAGAAAUUUACAACAAAUGUGAUCUUUUUUGUAUCCAAAUGAAAAGAAUAAUUGUAUUUCUGACGUUUCGUGACUAAAUAUCAGAUGGAGUACAAUCCAGUAAUGUAACACUAGCUCAAGUGAGGCAUACAAUCGAACGCAUAGCUCCAUCCACUGCUGUCACACUAAAUGUAAGACCAAAAAGUGGGAGACCUAUCACAACGCAACAGCAACAGUACACACUAUCAAUUGAUAUCGAAUCAAGUUUAGAAUGGUUGUUUAGAAUUAAACCAAGUGAUUCACCAUCACAAUCUAUAUCUUUGAAUCAGUUAACCACACGUCUUGAAGGAUGUAAUCUAUUUUUUGGAAACUAGUAUAAAAACUCACAGUUUCCUGUUUUGUUCAUUUUUCUUUUAAUAGACUACAUUUCUAGAGAAAAAAAUGAGUUAUUCAGUAAUUCUAAGUAAAUAUAUGUUGGAAUUUUAUAA